AUGCCGGGCGUCACCAAUCCACAUCCCAGUCCAAAUGAAGAAUACGCAGAAUAUCCUCUUCCAACCACCCCCAAUCCUGGCGAUCGCGAAAGCCUCGCGCGUGAGGACACUGUUGAUGCCAACCAAUAUGAUGCCGCACCCGAGCCACCACCAAGCCGUCGCGACCGAUCUCAUAGAGUUCGCUUUCGCUCAAUGAGUCUGCGCCAAAAUGAAAAUGAAUCUGCUUCACAUCCUUCAUCGCGCCCAUUACUACCGCUCCCAGGCCGUAGCCAAGUCCCGCCAUCCGGACCUAUCAACCCGCCGGCCCCCACACAUUCCCGCCGCGGCUCUGGCCUCGCCAACGUGCACACCCCCGAAGAGUUUAGCGAGUCGGAGAAACAUGAUGUCUUGGGUCAUAUGCACGGUCAUAUGGACCGUACCACAUCGGCCCGUGACAGAUUCAGAGCUACCGGUCAUCUUUUGCGACAGAAAACUAGCCGGUUGACGGAACGCCUCGGUCGCUCCCCGGAUGAGGGCGAGCCGCUCAACGCCGACUACAAUCCAGAUGACUUUCACAUCGACAUCCCAAUUGAGGAGAUGCAGGAGCGCCGCGCUCGUUAUGACGCCGAUCGAGAGCGCGCAUUGGAAAGUGGCGAGAAUUUUACUGAGUCGCCCCCUAGCGCCGAGGCUCAUCGUUUGGUCCGCAGCAUGACCGUGGUUGAGGAUCAGCUUCGGAAGCGGAAACCAAAGGGCGCAUACCAGCGUUCUGAUCAGACAACUCCAGAGAAGGACACUACUCAGCGAAGACGAUCCAGUGGAGUCAGCGGUAGCGGCGGUAUCUUGUCGCAGCUUCUGAGGCUUCAGGCGGCACAGAACGGGGGCUGGGGUUCUUCACGUCCGGAAAGUGUCAUCACCGAUGAUUCCGACAGCGAGACACAGGUGUCUUCCGGUGUCUCCACUCCAAAGAAGGGUUCCCUCUCGCCCCCUAUCCCUGCGUCCAUGCCAGCUUCGGGUUCCGCGACCCCGCGCAAGGAGAAGCUCAAAUGGUACAAGAAAUCGGCCCAUCGGUCCACCGCGUCGCUGAUCAAUGCCUCCAUGAACCUCAGUACUGCUAGUCUGCCUGCUGCGGCAGAGGCUGCUCCGGGUGUGCAACAUAAGAAACGGAAGAACAAGAAACAGAAGACCCGUCUGGAGGAUGAGAUUCGUGUAACCGUCCAUAUCGCAGAGAUCAUCGCACGUCAGCGGUACAUCAUGCAACUGUGCCGUGCGCUUAUGCGAUACGGUGCGCCGACCCAUCGUCUGGAAGAGUAUAUGCAGAUGACUGCCCGGGUCCUGGAAGUGUCGGGCCAAUUUUUAUAUCUGCCCGGCUGCAUGAUCAUGUCCUUCGAUGAUCCUACCACACGCACGGCCGAAGUCAAGCUCGUGCGAAUGGUGCAAGGAGUCGACCUUGGUCGCCUUGCUGAUACCCACAACGUUUAUAAGAAUGUUGUUCACGAUCUUAUCGGUGUCGAAGAGGCAAGUCAAGAACUAGACGAUAUUAUGCAACGCAAGCCGCGAGUCAAUAAAUGGAUGUUGGUCCUAGUCUACGGUCUUGCUAGUGCUACUGUCGGCCCAUUCGCUUUCAUGGCGCGACCGAUCGAUAUGCCCAUCAUCUUCUGUCUCGGUUGCAUUGUUGGACUGAUGCAGCACGUUCUCGCGCCACGGUCUACCCUCUACUCUAACGUCUUCGAGGUUACCGCUGCCAUUGUGACUUCCUUCCUUGCACGCGCAUUUGGCAGUAUCAUGGUUACCCGCAACGGUAAAUCCGAGACACUCUUCUGCUUCUCCGCUAUGGCACAGUCAUCCAUCGCUCUAAUUCUCCCUGGAUUCAUGGUCCUCUGUAGCAGUCUGGAACUGCAAUCUCACCAGAUCAUCGCUGGCUCGAUCCGCAUGGUGUAUGCGAUUAUCUACUCCCUAUUUUUGGGCUAUGGAAUCACAGUGGGGACUACGAUCUACGGGCUGAUGGAUGGCAAUGCGACAUCUGCAUCCACAUGUUCAGGCAUGGAAGUCUACGGGUCAAUCUAUGUCCGCACAUUCCCUUUCGUGGCUGUCUACGCUAUUUUCCUAGCCAUUGUGAACCACGGAAAAUUGAAGCAGAUGCCCGUCAUGGUGUUCAUUGCGUUGUCCGGCUACGUGGCCAACUAUUUCAGCACCACCAAGCUCGGCAGCAAUUCAGAAGUCGCCAACACUGUCGGCGCAUUCACCAUUGGUGUUCUAGGCAAUUUGUACAGUCGUCUCUGGCAUGGCCAUGCCGCCACCGCCAUUCUUCCCGGUAUAUUUGUGCUGGUCCCUUCUGGCCUUGCUUCUAGUGGGUCUUUGAUUGCUGGUAUCAGAUACGCCGACGAGGUUCGUCAGAACCUCGACAAAAAUAGCACUAGUACGGGUUCCAAUACUAUUUCAGAAACCUCAGUUGCCAGUCUCGGUUUCGGCAUGAUCCAAGUCGCGAUUGGUAUCACAGUCGGACUGUUUAUCGCGGCUUUGGUUGUCUACCCAUACGGCAAGAAGCGCACUGGUCUGUUCAGCUUCUAG